GCUUUAUAGAUAGCCAAACUAAAAAGAAGUAGAAAAUAAAUAAUAAUAAUAGUGUAUUGAUGAAUAUUCAACUGGAACAAUAUUUUGUAGAAAUAUAUAUGGCAGAAUGACAUUUGCAGCACACAUAACAGAAAAAGAAUUAGAAAUUUCAAGUUUUAUUGACCUCUACAGAUUUGAUUAACAUUCUCCUAUCAGUGUACUCAGCUACUUCUAAUUCCAUUCUAUUAACUAUCCACUCUUUUUGAGUGUCUACUCUCUCAGCCCAGAAAUACAAUGUUCCCCUUUGUUUCAUACCCUUCAGGGGCACCCUAUAUUGUGCAUAAUUUCCUUUGGUGAAAUUGUCUCUCUCAUUCCCUACUUCUAUUCCCAAGUCUUUUAUGGGUUCGCCAAGUAGAUAAACGGCACCUGGGUGACUCCUAAGCGUUUUUAGGGCAUCUUUGUAAUAUUCUGUCUGUUUAAUAUUGUGGUUCAAUUUAUUCUUUAAAAGCAUGCCCAUAGUAACGGUUGCUACUCCACCGAUGGCUCCUAUUCUGACAAGGGUCAUAUUACUAACUCCCAUUUUACAAAGAAAUUAUCUAUAUAGGAGUUUAGGGUGCUAGAAAUCUCGAAAAACCUUUUUCAGAAAGAAUAUAUACAUGUAUCUGCUGUUUAUAUUUACAUAACCAUAACUGAGAUACCAUAACCUAUAAAUUCUGAAGUUUUGACAAUUGACACUGAGUGGAUUUCCAUCACAGAAAAGUGUUUAGAGGUGUUGGUACUCCUGAAUGUUGAUGCUUUUUUCUAGAAAUUUCAGUUCUGUGGAAUGACCUAGUUUGAGAUGUUUGAAGGUUAGAAACUAUUAUUAAUAUUUUCAUAAACAGUAUUAUAAUUAUUAUGUUUUUAUCAUUUUUUCGAAAAAAAACGACAGAAAAAGGAAGCCCUGAGAAAUCCAGAAAUACGGCAAAUUCUCUGAAAGACAAAACAGAGCUGAAAGACACAAUCUAUGACCUCAUAAGAACGAUAAAGGACCCAGAAAAACCCAAUACUUUGGAAGAGCUUGAAGUAGUUUAUGAAGAUGGAGUCAUGGUCGGUCAGCCAACCUCAGGUGAUGUCAAUGUAGUUAGGGUAGAAUUCAAUCCAACCAUACCACAUUGCUCUCUGGCUACCUUGAUUGGCCUAUGUAUAAGAAUCAAAUUAGAAAGAAAUAUGCCAUGUCCCCUAAAAUUGGAUAUUUACAUCAAAAGUGGAGCUCACACAACAGAACAUGAAAUAAAUAAACAAAUAAAUGACAAAGAGAGAAUAGCAGCAGCAAUGGAAAAUCCAAAUUUAAAAGAAAUGGUAGAACAUUGUAUAUUAGAAGAAGACUGAUUGAAUUCGAAAUUGCAUAUUUUAUAUAGAUUCACAAAUUAUUUAAUAUAUUUUAUUCCAUAGCUAUAAACUGUGAAUGUUGGUCUGAUUUAGUGAACCUUUCCUUUCUAUCU